AUGAACUUGCUUCAGUCCCUACAAGCGGGUGUCAUGGCUAUUUUCGACAUACCUGGGGCAGGACCUCGGGGUCAACACAACUACAAUCUUCUGAGCGGAGCUCGCGAAAAAUCGCAACACUAUUAUAGUCGUACGACCAAGAAGACUCGAACUGUGGCUUGCGCCGUCGCUGCAGUGAUAUUCUUCCUGUGGUGUUUCCCAUUAUUGCCGGCAAACUACAACCGCGUUGCCGAUGAGUACCUGUGCGAUCAUCCAAUUUCCAUAUUGGCUUCAAAUGCCAGACAAGUGUUCAAUGAGACCUUGAUGCGCCAGUCCAAGUCUUUGGGAGAGGCCGUUCCAGAAUACCAGCGGCGUUAUGACAUGCCGCCUCCGCCCCACUUCGAUAGAUGGUACGAGUUUGCGGAGCAGCGGAAUACAAUGUUGAUCGAUGAAUACGAUGCUAUCUACCAUGCCCUCUUACCCUUCUGGGGACUUUCCCCGAGCACGAUCCGGUCACGCGUCAAGGAAGACCUCGGUUUCGACAACGUGGUGAUGGGGAUUUCAAUUCGCAAUGGCGAGCCCAUUCACUUGGGAAAUGGCCAGGGAAAUUUUCAGCGGGAUGCAGCGAUGAAGCAAUUUGGCCAGUUUGCACAAUGGCUGCCGGAUAUGGAUCUGGAGUUUAACGUUCAUGACGAGCCCCGUGUCGUGGUUCCUCAUCAGGAUCUGCACAGAUUGGUACUCAAAGGCCAUGCAGCUCACGCUGACUUGAAUCGUAACCCGUUAGUGGAUAGGUUCUCUAGCAAUAAUGAUACCGUGGAGCCUAUUCCAGAGGUCUUGACCACUAGGUUCCUGAAUAUCGAAAAGCAGGAAACUUGGCUUUAUUCUCGACUAUCUUGUCCCCCGGAUAGCCCAACUAUGGACCUCGACGGUAACGCCCCGGACAAUACCAGUACUUUCGCUCUCGAGCCGCUGGGCUUCAUAUUCAAUCAAUCCGCAUCCAGCGAUAUAUGCAACAAUCCUUCGCUACAUCGUCGUUUGAGAAUUUUCGAGUGGCCGAAUGCAUUCAAGCUCACAAACGAGCUUGUCCCUAUGUUUUCGAUAUCGCGCCCUUCUCUGUUUCAAGAUAUCCCUAUCCCUUCACCAUGGUACUACGAAGAGGUUGGAGGCUAUGAUCCAGAGCCUGAUAUUCCGUGGGAGUGGAGGAAAAGCCAACUUUACUGGCGAGGAACCACAACUGGAGGCCACAGCCAUGGUGGAUCGUGGCACAACCUGCAGCGCCAGCACCGGCAUCAGAUAUUGGAGCGCAAGGAGGAAUCCACUUGCAGGUUUGGCGGUGAUGAAGGCUGGAAAGCACGCAUUGCAAAUCAAACAGAUCUCGGCGACUACUUUAAUACCCACUUUGUGGACAUCGUCGACUGUGAGGAGGACUGCGAUGCGGAGUGGGAACACUUUAAUGUCGUCGAUCGUGAAGAUCACAAUGAGGCGUGGGGCUACCGUUACAUACUGGAUAUGGAUGGGCACGCAUAUAGCGGGCGAUUCUAUGCAUUCAUGCGAAGCAAGAGCGUUCCGCUGAAGCUGACGUUUUUCCGGGAAUGGCACCAGGAACUGCUUUUCCCGUGGGUUCAUUAUGUCCCAUUGAACAAAGAUGUCAAUGAGAUUCCCGAGAUCGUACGCUUCGAGCAGGAUCCUGCUGGCCAGGAAAUUGCUCAGUCUAUUGGCGAAGAAGGGCAGUCAUGGGCUGCCAAGGUACUCCGCAACGAUGACAUGGAUGUCUAUAUGUUCCGGCUGAUGUUAGAAUAUGCCCGUGUACAAGACGACCAGCGACAGCAUCUAGGCUUCAUUUCGCCUGGCCCAGUUGGCGAGAGUUUACCUUAG